ACGGUUAGCUGCAAAUGUUCAAAAAAUGAUUGAGUUCAAAAGUAUUUAAAAAUGUUAAAAACAACCUGCUCAAAGCAGAUUCAUUAGGAGCAUAGUGUAUUUCACUUGUUUUCGCAUAUUUUCUUGUUUUAUUCUGUUUAGCAUGUAGUAUUAAAUUGUAUAAUAUGGUGAAAUUUUAAACAUGCCAAUCAAGUGACCUGUGUUUUUAAACUCAAUUUGAAGUAAUUUCUAAAUAAUCGAUACACAAAAAACAUGAGCCGAUCAACAGCGAAACAAUCGCUACCAAAUCUAGCAAGAUCACUGAAAGCCGUCGAAAAACUAUCCGUGAAUAAUGCCGCUAGUCAACAAACCUGCAAACAUGUUACUCAAACCUUCAAAUAUAUCAUUGUCGUAGAUUUCGAAGCCACUUGCUGGCCUAAGGAAACACAAAAAUGGAAAAAAUACGAGAUUAUUGAAUUUCCUGCAGUGCUGCUAAAUUUAGAAACCGGCAAAAUAGAGGCAGAAUUUCGCCAGCAUGUCAUGCCGGUUGAGAAUCCGAGACUGAGUGAAUUUUGCACUGAACUAACCGGCAUCCGGCAGGAACAGGUGGAUGCCGGAGUGCCUCUGAACACUUGCCUUUUAUUAUUCGGCAAAUGGCUGCAGAAAGUUCUGGCGGAACGAAAUCUAUCUCUACCGAAAACAAAUCCGUAUGACCAAACCGGAAGUGUAGCAUUUGCAACCUGGUCCGACUGGGAUUUGGGAGCAUGCUUGAGCAAAGAAUGCGCUCGAAAACGAAUCGCUAAACCAGCCUGCUUCGAUCUGUGGAUCGAUGUUAAAGCUAUUUACAUGCAAUUUUAUCAGCGCCGCCCUGAGAGCUUUGCAAAUGCUCUGACAAAUUUGGAUAUAGUUUUUGAGGGGAGGCAACAUUGUGGAUUGGAUGAUUCGCGCAACAUUGCCAGGCUGAUAAUGCGCAUGUGCAAGGAUGGUGCUAAUUUUGUGAUCACCAAAGAUUUGAAGCCUUUUAACGUUUUCAGGGGUAAAUAAAGACAGCAGCUUUCAUGAAAAGCUAAUAAAUACCUUGUUUUUUUCUAACAUUUUUUUAUUUAAAUCUUUCCAAAGUGGCAGAAAUUAUUAGGAAAAUAUGAUUCACUACUUGAGGCUCGCGUAUAUACUUUGAAUUCAUGCUAAUUCAAUAGACUCGCGUUUAAAUGUUGCUGAUAUUGCUAUCUAAAGAUUGUUUAACGAUUUUAGUGAGUUCGUGUGCGAUAAGGUGUUAUUAAAUACCUUAAAGAUAGGCAUUGAGGUUAUUGAAUUGGUACGUAUUCAGAACAUACAAGUAAGCCUCAAGUUGUGAAUCAGCCUCACUAUUGAAUCGAAAAAGUUAUAUUGUUUCGGCACUAGUUUGAAUCUGUCGAUUAAAAAUACUUUUGUUUCAAUUGA